CUUACCUGUUGGGGCCAAUGUUGAAAGCAGAAUCGAAGAGGCCCCCUCUGAUUGCCCGUUCUGUGGACUCCCUGAAACCCAACUCUAUUGCUUGAGAGAUUGCGACUGGACCCGCCGUCUCUGGCAACCGUGCAGUGAAAGUGAGACAUUCAAACAGGGCGAAGGCUUUUCUAGUAGAGACUAGUUUCUUAAAACCUUCGAAUCUCAAUCAAAUGAAAGCAUCCAAAGGUUCUGUGCUAUCCUUUGGUUCAUCUGAAAAGAAAGAUGCAAUCAUAUGUUCAAUAAUAAGAAACUUGAGGUGGAGGAGAUUAGCCCAAAAGCACUUGAUUGGAUUUCGGAUUACCUGCAUGCUCAGGGAACCAUGGCUACGAAUACGAGACAACCGGCUAGCAUCCAGGGAUGGAGACCACCACCGGCCGAGUUUUCAAGAUGAACAGCGAUGCAGGGGUUCUGAAGGCGUCUGGGAUUGGGAUUGGGUGUGUGUUCAGAAAUUGGAAUGGGGAAUUUCUCGGAGCUGUAGCUGGGAAGGAGACUAGCAAUUGCAGACCAGUGGAAGCUGAGGCAAGAGCUAUUCUAGCUGGCUUACGAGAAGCAAACCAAAAGGGAUGGAGUCCUUUGAUUGUGGAAACUGAUUGUCUGAGACUGGUUCAACUACUGGAGAAGGAUGAUGAGGAUCGUACCGCGUUGGAGGUGUGGUGCAAAGAGAUAAGAGAGCUGGCGAUUACCAAUUCGCCCAUGUCGGGUAAGAAGAUUGAGUGGGCCUUUGUGCCUAGAAAAUCAAAUGUUGUGGCUCAUUGUUUAGCCCACUUGAAUAUCCUUUGGGAUCAAGUUUGUAUUUGGAUUGAUUGUCCUCCAAACUCCAUUAGGAGUCUGCUUGAGGCUGAAAAAGCCCAAUCUGUUUGAAUUUUAAGCAAUAAUAUCAUAGGGCUUCCUAUAAAAAAAUCUUUGUAUAACCUAACUGUAUUAUAGUUAUCCAAUAUUUUAAUUUUAAACCAGCUCAUCAUCUCAAAUAUAUGCAAUUCCAAUUUUUAUUUGUGGCGGUGCAAGAAGCAAAAUGAUGUAUCCAAGUCGUUUACUAAAGUUGAAUAUUUGGC